AGCCCCCUUGCUUUUCAUGUCCGAACGGGGGGGGGUCGCCCUUUCCUUAAAUUAGCAGAUUUAUUUUGUCAACAGUGCGUCGGUCUAGCGCUUUGAAGUGCCGGCACGCAGCCGGAGCAAACAGGGGCGAGCAUUAGACGCGGUUCUUUGAUCAGCCCCCGCUGCUUUGCGCUUUAAUCAGCCACUGCUUCGCUGCUCCACAACCGCGCGUCAUGCCUCCUUCGGAUCAAAGCGGGUUGCCCUGGCAGUUUCAUACGGUGAUGACGAUGUCCAACAUCGGUCGAGGUUGCUGAUUAGGAACGCGCGGCCGGGCGGCAAAGGAACUGUAGCUAAUUAAGAAGAAGAAAAUUCUAAAGGUUUUUGACAUCGAUGAGCAUUUUUCCCUGGAGGCUGGAGUUUUUUUUUUGGGGGGGGGGGUGCCUUUAACAAUUCCAUUCCGGCUCAGCGGUUUGAGGCUUUGAAAGGCGCCCUGUUUGCUCAAUUGAGAAGUUCCGUUUAUCUGAAAGCGCCUUUUGAUCUUAAUAAAACGGCCGCUGCCUAUAAGGAGGGGAGGGGGGGUAACGGAAUCGGUUUUGUGUUUCAUUUUGCAAAAUUGGCAUCGAAAAGGUCAUACAUUGGGAGGUACAUCAUCAUCAUUAUUAUUUUUCUUGUGUAACAGGAAACACACGGAGCGGCUGUAUAGCUUAGGCAAAUCACAUCUGCAGCUAUCAGCAUCAUCUUUCUGAGCAGUAGCCGGGAGGUUUAUAAAGCCAGUUACUCACAUCUAAUCCGCCAGUCCCUCCAGAGCAAGAGAUAACAGUCACCCCCAUCAAUCCGGAGGCGUCAGCGGCUCACGACAGCGGCAGAGUUGGGAGAGAGAAAACAAUAUAUGCGCGUACAAAUAAUAAUAUAACAAAAAUGUCACAUGUCACGGCUUUUAAGAUUUACAAUUCCACACUCUAGUUUACACCACCCAUAGCCGGACAAGAGCCCUUGAUGUUUUUUUUUCUUAAUAGCAGCAACUUGAUUCCACAUUUUACGGAUCAUUGUCGCCGCAGCACCACAAUGCGGUGCUGAAAAACGCAGCUUACUCCGAGAACAGAACGCUCAGAAACUUCUGAAGAGGCGAACGCAUCAACGAGGAAUUUCCAUCUCCGCAACUGACCCAACGUUACUCGACAACGGCACGGCACUGAGCCUGUGGAUUUAAACCGGGACUCUGCAGACAAGGAGAGAGAAGGAGCAGGCAGACGUCGACGAGAGCUAUGGGAGGAAAGCCCGCGACCGAUGUAAUGUCGCUCUUGGCGCUGGCCAUGCUGAGCCUACACGUUGGGACGUUGCUGGGCACAUCGGCCGUGAGACACGGCGGCGAUCAGCCAGCAACACGGAGGGGCGACCUGCAGGAGCGGACGAGAUCGCUGGACGGGACGUCGCCGGGCACAGUUGGUAACAGGAGCGUGUCCGGGGGGCACGGCAGGGAAGGGGCCCCUCGUCGGUCCAGGCAACGCCAGGCAGGCAGAGGACGCAACCGAAGGCGUCAAGAGAAGCUGGAGAUGCUGAGUGACAGCCCGGAGACCUUCGUGCUCAACCUGGAGAACAUCCCAGAUCUGUCGCGAGCGGACCUCGCUGGACACAACCCGAAUAUCCAGGUCACAAUCGAGGUGGUGGACGAGGCGGAGGGAGACGUGGACAUGGAGCUCAAGCACAACGGCGGCGGCGGCGGUGGUGCCGGCGGCGCUUGGCGGAGUGGCACGAGUUCGCGGCACGGCGUGCCAGCAGUGGCACGGGCUUCUCGGCAACCGGGACGCGAGGGCUGGUGGCGCCCGGGCGCAGGUGCUCGCAGGGCUGAAGGCGCCGCACUUAACCCAGUGCAGAGAGAAGCUGCCUCGGCUGAGGAAAGCAACUUUCUCAACCCACUCUUUGGAUGGUUUAGAGGCCUUUUCACCACUAAACCGUGGGGAGCCACCGCAGACACGAAGUAUGAUGACGGAGAACGAGAGGGCCAGUGGGGUCUCUGGUCUUCGUGCAGCGUCACCUGUGGCAGUGGCAGCCAAAAGCGUACGCGCUCCUGCGGCUACUCCUGCACUGCCACAGAAGCUCGUACCUGCGACCUGCCCAGCUGCGCUGGAAUGGAGGAUAUAUUUAAGCCGGCAACAUCCAAUGUGGAGCUCUUAGCACAGGAUAACCGCAAUUCAACAGACAUCCUUGGAUCUGAUGUGGACAACUGUGAGAGAUGGGUGACCUGCAGGGCUGAGUUCCUGGUCACAUAUCUGCAGAAGGUGUCAACAGAGCUGCCCAACUGCCCCUGCGCGUACCCAACGGAAGUGGCCUAUGGGACCACCGAGGUGCUUGACGCUCAGCUGGGCCGUGACUUCCGCUGGAAGGACGCCAGCGGCCCCAAGGAGAAGCUGGAGGUGUACAAGCCCACGGCGCGCUACUGCAUCCGCUCCCUCCUCUCCUUGGAGAGCGCCACACUGGCGGCGCAGCACUGCUGCUACGACGAGGGAAUGAGGCUUCUCACACGGGGCAAGGGGGCCGGAACGCCGAACCUCAUCAGCACCGAGUUCUCCUCGGAGCUCCACUACAAGGUGGACAUCCUACCGUGGCUCAUUUGUAAAGGCGACUGGAGCAGGUAUCACCAAGCGCGGCCGCCCAACAAUGGCCUGCAUUGUACAGAGAACCCGACAGAAGAGGUCUUCAACGCUCAAUUAAAAGACGCCAAAGAGUUCUGAGGACACUUCUUGGGACAAUUUUUUUUAUGCUGUUACACAUUUCCAGGACAUGAACUUACAUCAAGGACACGAGUUGGUUGUGAAAUUGCUUAGCGGUUUGUUUUGAACACGUUUGUUAUGGAUGUCUGUAACACAGCUAAAAGAAGAUAAGGACUGUAGCACUACAAAUGAUUGUACUCCAUGGGAUUCCGGUGACCCGUGUGUAAAAAGCCAAGUAAAUCCCAUCAGAAGUCUCCAAAAAAUCAUUGUUUUUUCCUUUUAGUUGCUCCCAGCAAAUUUGAGGCAAGGACCGGAAGGCCAGAGAAUGCUUUUCCCUGCCAACCACAGCAUUCCUGGACAGAUUUCAUCAUGCCUUCUGUGUUCCGUUAGCCAGUGUGUUUCCCCUGCAGGUGAUUCUUUCCAUGCGAGUGACCCAGGGCAUUUGCCCAUCUGUUGGCGCUCAAUGAUACAUCAGUGGCAGGGCCUGACAGCUGGCUGACAUCGGGGGCUCAAAGGCAAAGUCAAUUCCACUCACGUGGAUCCAAUCAGCCUCAGGGCCUGUGUGCUCCUUUCGAAGCGGUUGUGACCUGGACAUGUCAAAAAGGUCACGCGUUUUUCCGAGCCCUUGUAUUUGUAUUAACCAUAGGCUGUCAAUAUUUCUUUUAAAGUUUGUUUUUUUCUAAUGUAUAUGACUAUAGCAUGAUAUAGUAUGUUAAUUAUAGAUUGUAUUUUUUGCCGAAUACAGAACAUCUAGGACUGGAAAAGCAAGGGUGGUGAAAUCUAACCGCUUAUUUAUGCAUUGACAUUUACUUUAAAGAAACUGGUUUAUUUUUGUACUACUUGUACUAAUUUAUUCACAGAAAACUGCUUUUUAUGCAGGGAAACAUAUUGUAUAUCAGGAACACUGCAAUUUUCAAUGC